UCGGGGUGUGCGGACGUGUGAUCCUCCUCCUCUUCCUCCUCCUCCUCCUCCUCUUCCUCCUCUUCCUCCUUGCGGUACGAUGGACGGAAGGAAGAUAGUGAUAAAAACGGACAUACGGGAGAGAAGAGAAAGAUUAUCAUAGAGAAAUUUGUUAAGGAAAACGAGAAAUAUUGUGAACGAACGAUUUAACGACGAGUUCCAUACACGUGAAUAGCUCUGCUGGUGUUGUGGUGUUGAAAUGGUGUUGUUGUGGUGUUGAAAGUGGUGUUGAUACUACUACUACGACUACUACGACUACGACUACUACCAUUGCUACAAGUACGCACCAUGGAGGGUCACGGGCAGCAGCAGUACUGUAUGCGAUGGAACACUCACGGCUCGACGCUUCUGAAAGAGUUCACCAACCUGCUGGCCAACACGUCUCUGGUAGAUGUCACGCUCUUCGCUGAGGGUCACUUGCUCAAGGCCCAUAAGGUGGUGCUCUCAGCCUGCUCACCCUACUUCAAGCGGCUGUUCUCUGAGACGCGUGAGGGUCACCCCAUCGUGGUCCUGAAGGAUGUUGGUCACCAGGAGCUUCAAUGUCUGCUGGAGUACAUGUAUCGGGGCGAGGUCAAUGUGGCUCAGGACCAGCUGGAGCCUCUCAUCCGCACGGCAGAGUCCCUACGGAUCAAGGGACUAGCGGAUGGCCCUCGCUCCGCCCCUGGCACUCAUCCGACCCCCCCAGCACCACCCAUGACCCCCCCAGCGGCUGAUCCGGGUGGCACAGUGCCGGCGAGCGUGGUUCCGAUGGAGCGGGUCAAAGUGAAGAGUGAGGUCACGGAUGGCCUUGCCGGAUUAGUGGAUGGUCGUGGAGCAGCGGCGGAUGCACGAGGGGGUGGAUUACCCCGUGGCGGAUGUGCGGCGGAUGCGUUCGCUCAUCCGCCGGCGUCCGUGUCAACCGUGCCAUCCGUUUUGUCAAAGGUGCUGACCAUGCCCCCAGCGCUGAGUCUCGCAGCCGCCGCGCAACCUCACCCGCCGCAUCCGUCUCACCCGCCACCACCGCAGGACUCACCCAUCAGGCCCGGGUCACCGCCAGGCAAGCGGAUGAAGCGGAGACGGCGAUCGGGUGAGGGUGACAGCGGGGAGAGCGAUGGGAGGUCAUCCGCUUCGCCGGGUGACCCACUCCACGCCCUCCCGCGCAUCCCAGCAACCAUCACACCCGUCUCUGCACCCAACACCACGCACCUCCAUCAACACCUCGGGGCAGAUGAGGAGCGGAUGGCGACAGGGAGCGGAGGCAGCAGCAGCCCCUCGCCGGAUGACAGCCUCGGUGGAUCAUCCAGAGGUGAACCGCCCAACCGGAUUUCACCGCAACCAAGACCGCUAUCAGAACCGCCCUCAUCCGCCAGCCCGUUCAAACCGUUUCUACCGCGCCCGGAUGACAGCAGCAGCGACGCCAACCACCACAGUGACGAUGAGGCGGAUGACCGGAUUUCCAGGACGGGUGACCACUCAGCCCCCGACACACCCGGGCCAUCCACCUCCCGGCUGCCUCCCCCGGAUGAGCCCCCACACACACCCAGUUAUCUCGGGUGGCCCUACCCCCCUGACCCCUCCACCAGCACGGAGAGCUCGCCCUUCCCAUCGCUGGAGAACACUAACCAAGGCCUAUGGAAAAAAAACUUUCUUGCGCCGUACUUCCCCCCUCGACCCCACCCCGGCCUGGGCCCCCCCUUUCCCGGCCUGUACGCCCCGCCCCCCGGGUCACCCUGGGGCCCCGCGUCGCCGCCGGGCCCCCGGGGUCUGGGCGGGGGCGGGGCGGGUCUGCUGUGUGCCCACGAGUGCUCCCGGUGCUCGCGGCUGUACAAGACACGCAAGGGCCUGAAGCACCACAUCAAGAAUGAGUGCGGCGUGGAGCCUCGCUUCCAGUGCACACACUGUGACUGGCGCUUCAAGCAGAAGGCGCACCUGCUGAGGCAUGUGGCACGCAAGCACACCGCGUCAUGAGCCACACCACACCCCCACCCACCAGCCACACCUCCACCACCACACCACCACCACCGCCGGCCGCCAGCCACUCAUCACCAGUACAAAGAUUGCUCACUGCAGUAGCCGCCAGUGGUGGUGGUGGUGCCGGGGCGGUGCCUGGCACUGCUCAGCUCAGCAGCACUGAAUGCUGCUUCCCUACAGCUCAAAGGGCUGUGUGUAUUUUUUUUUUUUUUUGUGUGUGUGUGUGUGUGUGCACUGCACAGGACAGCAGGAGUGUAGGCAGGCAGGCAGGCAAUGUGCAGUCUGCCUGAGCAGGGGUGCGGGGUGAGGCUCAGAGGCCAGGCAGGGCAGGGCAGGGCAGGGCAGGGCAGGGCAGGGCAGGGCAGGGGUGUGUGUGUUGAGCCACAAAAGACGUCUUUAUCUGUGAUUGUCAGCGAGUCCCACACGGCCAGGCACACCACACCACUGCACCGUGACCUCAGGGCCAAGCCACCACCCUGCUGCCUGGCUGUGGUGUGGUGCUGUGCUGUGCUGUGGUGGCCAGGCCUAGCAUAGCAUAGUGUAGUGCACCACAGACUAGUGUACAUAACAGGGUGAGUCACAGACUAGUGUACAUAACAGGUGUGUUGAGUCACAGACUAGCAUAGUGUAGCAGUAAGGUAGAGGAGACCGGUAACACUAUAGCGCAGGGUAGUGUGUGUGUGUGUGUGUGUGUGUGUGUGUCACAGUGCAAUACAGGGUAGUGUUGUGUAGUGUUGUGUUGUGUUGUCAUGCUCAAUGUGUUAGGGGUUAAGGUGAGGCCUGGCACUAUGGGGGCCAUGGUGCCAUUCUGUGGGGCAGUGAGGCACAGUGCCACAGCCAGGGUGCAUAAACUGCUGUGGGGGUGUGUUCGUUUCCAGUGAAAAUGUGACUGUGUAUGAGUGUGUGUGUGUGUGUGUGUGUGUGUGUGUGUGUGUGUGUGUGUGUGUGUGUGUGUGUGUGUGUGUGUGUGAGGUAAGGUUUUCAUGGCUCAAAAACACACAUUCUACAUUUAGGAACUUGAUAUUUUACUCCAAGACUCUCUCCGUGACGACCUCGGUGCGGCUGAGUAGUGAAUAUAUUUACAAGCACACCCUUUGGAAAUAACACCCAUCCCACAUUAAAUUAACUAUUGACGCCACAUCAGCGCCAGACAGAGCUACCAUUGGGCCCUGGUGCUGCAAGUGAUUCCGGGCCCCCUACGAGGCCGGGCCCUGGUGCUGAGAUACUGGCUCCCCCCUUCUCUCGGGCCCUGCGCCAGAAAGCAAAAUACAUCCAUGAACGAAAUACCCAGGCGACCAAACAGCUCAUUAUUGCGUGUAGGUGCUAUGGGGGGGCUGUUAACUCCUUCACCAAGCAGAGCCCCGCGCUGUAUCCGGGAUCGCCGUGCGUGCCAAAUUUCAAAUGUUGCUAUUGAAUAUAAGUUUACAGCCAUAAACUCAACAUUGGGAUGAGGAGUUUGUCUUUCCCAGUGCAAACUAGAUAAUUAAAGUCCGAUAAGGAGAGAGAGAGAGAGAGAGAGAGAGAGAGAGAGAGAGAGAGAGAGAGCGUGUCUUCCGAAGUUGUCUACAUACGAAAUUAAAAUCUCCUUUCGGAUGUGUUUUGUGUUGCGAGUUUUUUUGUGUGUGUUCCGACCUCUGUGUGUUAGUAUGUGUGUUAGCGAAGUCUCGGUUUAGCAGGCUAUGUGCGUUUCUGUGUGCGUAUGUGCGUUUCUGUGUGCGUGUGUGUGUGUGCGUUUUAUUAGAUAUUUUGUUGAUAAUUUUAAUUCCCCUUUUUUUCGCCUCGUCAAACCAGAGUUGUUUGUUUACGUUGUUGUUUACGUUUGUUCGUUCGUUCGUUUGUUUGUUUGUUUGUUUGUGUUGAAAAAAAGUAAUUGGAAAAAAAUAUUAUUGU